GGGAAAAGGAACGAGAGGCUUGGGAGAAGGGGGAAAGGAUGCGAGAGAGAGAGAGGAAUGCCUGAAGAAUGCAGGUAUACCUCUCGGUGUGCCCCAGCUUCAUGGAAGGUGGCAUCAUCAUCAAGGCAAAGGCAAAGGCAAACCUCCUGUUGGGCGGCGUGGGCCCAGUGGAAUGCUUCGUCCCCCGAUGGAGGAGCCCUCUUGGUGGUCGACCUCGAUCUCCAGUAGUGGCUUCUUCUGCUGCAAUCAAUGGCCAGCAGAACCACUACACAGUGCUUGGUAUUCCUGCAACUGCUUCUUCCGCCGAUAUCAAGAAGGCUUACCGUCUUCUCGCUCGAAAGAAUGCCAAGUCAUUUUGGCCAUGUGCCAAAAAAAGUUGGCAUGUGGGGAUGAAUUUCUCCAAUGAGCAGUAUCAUCCAGAUGUUAGCAAGGACUCACAAGCUAGCGAGGUAUUCAAGAGUAUCCGACAUGCAUAUGAUGUACUAUCAAAUGAAGCAACAAGGGCUCAGUAUGAUGGUGCACUUAAAUUUCAGGAAGCUACUGGCAGCCCAUGGCAUAGAAGCUGGACUGAUGACCCAAAUGUUGAGGACAGAAGGGUUCAUAGAUGGACCGAAGUUAGGCAGCAGAUGUGGCGUGAGAGUUAUAGACAACAAUUUGAUGAAAGUGAGAACUCUUUCGAGCAUGGUGAAACAGAUGAUGAGAACGGAGAAGAGAUCUCAGAUGAUGAGAGAGGACCAUUCAGCGAGGUGCUGAAAUCAGUCUUCUUCACUAUUUUCUUUAUGCAGACGCUUGGAUGUCGAAUAUCUCUGACACUGUGUAGCUUGUCUGCAUUACUUGAUAAGAAGCUGGAUGCAGGGUAUAAGGUGGGUUAUCUGAUUGCAUGGAUUUUGGGCGGUAGAGGGGGAAUUCUGCUCACUUUAUGCCUGUCAUUUGCAAGUUGGCUUUGUGGUAAAACUAGCAGCAGCCUUGUGGCUGUGGUUGUUGUGGCCAUGUGGGUUGGUGCGAACCUUGGACGAUAUGCUCCACUUCCACAAGGUGCACUCAUCACACUAUUGUACAUGUCUGUCAAGCUACAAGUUGAUUUAAGCUAAGUUCGUGUAGUGAGUUCUUGCAUCUCUUUCCUUAGAAGUUGUAUAUAUAUCUUGCUCCACGAGGCAUUUUGUAUCUU